AAAAUAUACUAUGCCUAAAAGAAAAACAGAGCGUAGUAAUUCAAUAAUAAGAAGACCUAAUCCGGAAAAGACAAUCAGAAGAUUCAAAUUGACAGAGAAACAAUGCAGUUCAUUGAUGAUUGAUAAAGUAUUCAACAAUCUACCAACAACUCAAUGGUCUGAAGUGACUAAACUGAUUGCUGAGUCUAUUAAAUGUUAUCACGAUACGCUUGAAAGUACAGAAGUCUUUAAUAGUAUUGUUACCUCUUUGGAAUCAAUACAUCAAAAAACGAAAAACAAUAUUGCGCUAGCCUCAUAUAGCUUGAAAUGUAGUCAUUAUUUAAAGCAAGAUCAUAUCAAAAGUCUGUUUGAUAAGAAUUUCGCCUUAAAGAUCACAAAAUUUCGAACGCAGGAACUGAGAAAAUACAACAGAAAACAAGGAUUCAGAAAUGCAACUCUAAUAACAUCACAGUGUAACGAUGAGUAUUAUGAUGAAUUAGUGUCAGGCUCAAAGUCAUACGAAACUUUGGAAGAGCAAGAAGAUAAUGAUCAAGAAAAUGGCGAAAUUGAAGAUUUUCCAUCAGAUCUGACUUUGAACCACCAUCUUCAGCGAAAAGCUGGCUAUUUUCUCUACCAUGAUGACUUCUCUGAAGAAACAGAUAAACAAGACGAUGAUGAUGACGAUGAUUGGAUUGUUGAGAAUUUCAAUGUGUCUGAUAAAUGCAAAUCAAUGAAAGAAAAUACGUUAGGUUUAAAAAAGAAUCCAUCUAGUCUUUCAGAUAUCAGAUUACUAGCAUUGAAUGACAUAUAUAUAUUUGAUGAAAAGAUUGAUAAAUCUGUAACCAAAUACUUUGGAGUAGACCUACAUAAACUGAUUAUGUCUGAUAUCGACUUUAACUCUUAUCGCCCUCCUAAGCCAAACAAAGCUCAUGCUUGGUGCCUUGAGGUUAUUGAAGAUCCACCUAAUGAUCUUAUGUCAACGUUGAAAUUGUGUAGUAAUUUCUUAUGUCAAGCCAUUCAACAGAAUAAUGAAGUUGAUCUUCAUGUGGCCCAUAGUUUGACACAGUUAUUACCUGUGCUUGUUGCCGGAUCAGAUGAUUGCUCGGUUGAAGACUCCUACGUACAUCAUUAUCUAGCACCCAUCUUACAAUCAAUCUUCAGCACAAAUGAGAGAUUCGGAGUCCGAUGGGCAAAUGGCGCAUUAAAUCAAGAUUUGUCUUUUAAACCAGACUUUCAAGUUUCUACUCGUUGCAUUAAUAUCAAGCUUGUUGUUGUUGUUGCAGAAUUUAAGCCAAAGUCAUAUAACUCGAGUGUUGAAUCCGACUUGGUCAAACUAGGAAAACAAAUGAAACUGAUGUACAAUGACAUAGUGCAGAAAAGAACACCCCAACCAGAGCUAUGCGGAUUACUAUGCCAAGGAGAGAACUUAUACACGUUCAUGAUGGAUAUGCCUUCUCCUCAGACUUACCGCUUGAUUAAGCUCUCAAGUUUAACUUUAUGUAGAAACGUCUAUGAAUUACAUCUGUUGCCUGUCUUCAUAUCCAAGCUUAUUCAAAUUAAGAACAUCAUACUUGGAAACGUAAGAAAAGCAGAAGAUAGUAUUUUAUCAGCAAACAGUUCAAUGCACCGUCAACAAUGCAACCCUCCGAGAUCGUGGCUUUCUCAUAGUUCAUAUCACCUAUCAAGAUCAAGCAAAAAGAGAAGACCGAGUGACUAACCAACUACAAUCAACUGCAACUCGUUUUUAUUAGGAUUGAUGAACCUUACACUGUUAUUGUCAUUACAUCUAGACGUCUUACAUUGCCAUAUUUAAGCACAAUCAUUAGUAGUUAUCCCACAUG